UCUCUGUCUCCAUUAGAUCUGCUUGUCACAGUCAGUCAGUCAGUUCUUCGUUUGCAACCCCGUGCGUGGAAAAACAUUCCGAAGGCCAUCAUCAUCUCUUGCAAGUCAGCCAAGAAGUCAGUCAAUCGAGUGUCGUCGGGUAAUCGAAAGUGCGUUCGCGUAACGUCCUCUCUGUAUCUGAAGUGUGCAAAUCAGAAAGCAAGUUUUGUGAGAAGUAGAAGUGUGAAACUGAAGCGCAAAUUUUAGUGAUCUCUGUGAACAAGGAAUACCGUUACAGCUAGCUUUAGGCAAACUCGAGACUUCGAGUCGUAAGGAGACGACCUCCAGCACCGGAAGUGGACUUUUGAAGGCUUUUCUUCUUCGCUUGGACCCGAGUUCAGCAAACGGCCUCAAAACGGAGCACAUAACGAAAAUGAUGGAUUUCAGCGGCGGCGCCUACGGAGGCGGCAAAGCUGGCGGAGCAUUCGACCCCAUUGGGUUUGUGAUGCGACCCACGGUGAUCCUGAGGGCGGUCUGCUGGCUAUUCGCCAUCAUCGUGUUCGGGUGCGUUUCGUCCGAGGGCUGGCGGGAAGAGAACGGCAAGGAGUACUGCAUCAUCAACCGGGACGCCAACGCGUGCAACUACGCCGUCGGAAUCGGUGUCAUCGCCUUCCUGGCCUCGAUGGGUUUCAUCGCCGGCGAGUACCUAUUCGAGCAGAUGUCCUCGGUUAAAACCCGGAAACACUACGUGCUCGGCGAUUUGGGAUUCUCCGCUCUGUGGACAUUCCUGUACUUCGUUGGAUUCUGCUAUCUGACCAACGCGUGGGGUAAGGCCGACGACCCGCCCAACGGCGAAGGAGUGAACAACGUGCAGGCUUCCAUCGUGUUCUCGUUCUUCUCGAUCUUCACCUGGGCUGGGUGCGCUUACUUCGCGUAUCUGCGCUUCAAGGCCGGUGUGGAUCCGUCUUUCCAGUCGACGUACGAGUCGGACCCGAAUGCCACAACGCAGUACUCGGCAUAUCCGGUAGGUGGCGCCGGAGGCGAAAGCGACCAGUUCCAGCAGCAGCAGCCGUUUGGCGGGGGUCAGCAGCAGCAACAGCAGCCUGGGGGUGACUUCAAUCCAGCUUACUAAAUUUCCUUGAACCCUUUGAUGAUCCGUUAGUUGUAGAACGGAGAUGUUGAACAUUGGAGAAGCGCGUACUAAGCCGAGCGUAAAGGUAGGCUCUGGUAAUGACCAACGCCUAAUCAAAGUAGGUAUCCCUUUCAAGCGUGGUUACCAAGCAACACAAUGAAAGCGUGCUCAGCGAGAGACUCAAACUAUUAUUAGAUCCCAUACUCACUCAGAAUGGACACAUACACACGUCUAACGCGUUUGAAGACGUAUUUUGAAACAUUGCCAUCACAUUGUUUAGGCGACAGCAAACAGAAGUAGAAACUCAGCAAUGAAACCAAAAACAAACAACACAAAAGCAGUGAAUAUCUCCCAGAUCCUAUUUAGUACGUACAUUGCUAUAUAUGCUACACUCACAAAUACAAACAAAAAAAGAAGACGAGAGCAAGCGUUCAGCGAAACAUUGCAUACAAACAUAACCGAAACAAUGAAGUAAUAGAAACAACCAAAUAAACAAAACUAACACAUGUCUAAAAAACGAAAACAACAAAACACAAACAACAAAUAUCCCGCAGAUUUGAACAAAGCAUCACAAACAAAAACACAAACCCAAACAUAAGAUAUUGUUAGUUAAUGACAAAAGAUGAGCAAAAAAAAAAGAAGAAGAGUAAGUAAUCCUAUAAGAGAACAAAAUCACAGAAGAAUAUCUUACCAUAUAAGUAAUUGGUAUAUUAUUUAUUGAUGAAGAUGAUGAUGAUGAUAAUAAAACGUGAAGAACAAACGACAAGCAAGAA